ACAAAAACUCUUUCAGGUGUAUAUCAUUUUGUAUCGUUCAAUUGAGAGUUACGAUACAUUAUUUCAGAUAUGUGUGUAUGGUAUGAGCAGCUCCUAGCCACUUUUUAAUUUAUUUUUAUUUUUGUUUAUUUUUUUGGAAGUAGCUCUCAAAAUAAAUAAGUUUAAUGAUCCUUGCUCUAUUUUGUGUGAAAUCAAGUUUUCCUUACAUGCGUGGUCGAAAAUGAAUCCCAUAAGCAUGUCCAAUCAUAUUGCUAAUUUCUUCUCAUUUGUUAAUUUCAGUCACACCCUCAGCAACAUCACUGACUCUGUGUAUUUAAAGCAGCUGCACUUCUGGUGUCUGUGCUGUAUAACACAAGAGUAGAUUCUCACCAUGUUUGCUCUGGGUCUGCUCAUCUUUAUUGUGCUGAGAGCAUUCAGUGCUCAGGCAAAAGUAUCCAAUGACUUCGAUUUUUGUAAAGAUUUUUUCUUCAAAAAAACAGAACCAACAGGAAUGGAUCAAAAUGCCAAGAAAAUCUGCCAGUGUAUGUCAGAUGUUCCUUAUUAUGCUACACUGUACUCUGUUCAUCACAGGAUUCCUCUCUACAGCGCCUACAGAUUUGAUCUUGACUGCAAAAAGGACAGUGGAAGUUCAAACAUUUGGUAUUUAGAGCCACAGAUUUCUGAACCAAAUUCUGAAACUCAGUGCAUGGUCAGUGAGAAACAAAAGCUUCAAAACAAUUAUAAACUAAAUCAAGCCAUCAGCAGUGACUACACUAAAUCCGGAUAUGAUCGUGGACACCUGAACCCCAACAGCUUCCAAUGCGGUGUUGGCCGUACAGCAACAUCUACAUUGACCAACGCUGCACCUAUGGACCCAUGUUUCAACCGUGUCCACUGGAAGGAUUGGGAAAGCACUUUGAGAGAUUUUUUACAAGGCAAGCUUAAUAAUAUACAUGCUACAGCCUACAUUGUCACAGGCACGGUACCCAAUGCAAAUAUACGGAUACCACAAAAGGAAAUCUCCAAAGAUCCUGAACGGGUGACAGUGCCUUCUCACAUCUGGACGGCCGUCUGUUAUGAACACUCCACUGAUGACAAAGAGUCUUUCUCCUUCGGCUAUAUGGGGACAAACCAACCGCAAAAUGACAUAAAACUGAUGAGUGUCUCAGAACUGAACAGGGAGCUCAGUAAACUCUAUCGUGUGUCCCCAGAUAUUAAGAUUUUUAAGGAUGAUUGUUUUGGUGACAAUAAAUCAGAUGACGUUAAGGCCACAUUUAAUGAAAUAAUGAGCUUGAAUGUGCAGAACACACGGAAAAGGACCAUCAGCAGUGACAGCCUAAAUUCUGAAACCAAUGUCAAGGUACAGAAGAAUUAGACUGACAAUUAAUACUAAAAUAUGACUUUGAAAAUUGAUUGUGAUUGUACUUUGAGCCCUUACUAAUCUACAGACUUUCUAGUAUAAGAAUGUCUUUAUUAUUUGCUUCUGAAACUAAAAGCAGCUGAAAAUGUAUUUUUUCCCUGAUGACUUGUAUCCAAAAACAAAAAGCUUAAUAAAAACAUUUUUGCAUCUAUAAAUCAUUUG